GGAUUUUCUGUUUUUUGUGUGCGAUUUUGUUUCUCGAGUUUCGAGUACCACAUGGGUUUUCGGCUACUUUAAAGCUUCUGAUCUACCUUCAAGUUAAGUUCUGCCAAUUCUUAAAAACAUCCUGAACUAAAUUAUUUAUUGUAAACCCAAAGGGACUCCAAAAAAGGCGGAGCUAAUUGAGCUGAUGGUUGCUGGUUCAACUGCAGUUAGUUUAGACUUUAGAGUCAGAGAAGGAUUCAAUCAAAAAGUUUUUUUAAGAGAGGUGAACGCGGAACACCUGCUGUUGAGAAAAUUGUUGGACUUGAGACGUCAUCACUUUCCCUCCGUUUCUCCCUCUUUUUGUCUCCCUCUCUUUCUCUCUCUCUCCUUCCUUCCCGCCGCUCGCGUGCCGUGGAGCGCGCGCCACUCGCAGGCUGAAGCUGCCGCUCAGGUUCGCGGUACCGAUGAGCCGAACGGUGCCGCCGCCGCCACCGCGGCACUAGAGACCCGAAGCAUCCCCGAGGACGAGGGCGCGCGCGCGCGCGCAGAAACUUGGGUUGCUGGUUCUCCUGCCAUGAACCAUGAGUGACGGCAGCAGCGGAGCGGGGGGCGUCCAGCCCCUCUGGAACCUGAGCGGGUAUUUGGUCAACCAGUCAUCUGACCUGCUCUCCAACGCCUCGUGUAAUGGCUCCACCAACGAUUCGGCGUCCUGCUCCCUGGCUGCUGACGUUGAAGGGUUUGGAGGAAGUCCGUACAAAACUCUGGAGAUGUUUUUCAUCGCUCUAGUGACAGGGUCCCUAAGCUUUGUGACUGUUACAGGAAACAUUCUAGUCAUGCUGUCCAUCAAAGUCAACAGACAUUUGCAGACCGUCAACAACUACUUCUUAUUUUCCCUAGCGUGUGCCGAUUUGAUAAUCGGUGUUUUCAGCAUGAAUCUGUACACCGUCUACAUCAUCGUUGGGUACUGGCCGCUCGGGCCGGUGGUGUGUGACCUGUGGCUAGCCUUAGAUUACGUGGUGUCGAACGCUUCAGUGAUGAACUUACUGAUCAUCAGCUUUGAUCGAUACUUCUGCGUCACCAAGCCGCUGUCGUACCCAACCAGAAGGACCACAAAGAUGGCGGGAUUAAUGAUCGCAGCAGCCUGGAUCCUGUCUUUCAUCCUGUGGGCUCCUGCCAUUUUAUUCUGGCAGUUCAUCGUUGGGCAGCGGACCGUACCACCCGGGGAAUGCUACAUUCAGUUUCUCUCCAACCCGGCAGUCACGUUCGGGACGGCGAUCGCAGCCUUUUAUCUCCCCGUUGUCAUCAUGACGGUCCUGUACAUCCACAUCUCCCUGGCCUCCAGGAGCCGAGUCUCCAAACACAAACCGGAAAAGAAAGAGAAGAAAACUCCGAGCCUCCUCAAAAGUCACCUGAUCAAGCAGAACAACAACAAUGAGACCAGCCCGCAGCCCAGCCCUCGCUGCACCCCCAAGCUCAGCGUGGACUCCACCACCACCGCCGUGGAGACCGUGAAGAACGGCAGGGUGGAGGAGCCGAAACCAGCUGAGCCAGAACCUUUGGGCCAGCCCAGCCCCAGGCUCACCCAGGAGGAAAAGGAGAGCUCCAACGAUUCGUCUACAGCCUUCAUCCCUCCCACAGAAACGAAGAACAAGCUGGAGAUCACGUCUGAGGCUCCAUCAAAUCCCACCCCAGCGGUUUCCACAGCAUCCAACUCCGCCGUCCCCAAAGUGAACCCCGCCUCCCGGUGGUCCAAGAUCAAGAUCGUGACCAAGCAGGCGGGCGACGAGUGCAUCACGGCCAUAGAGAUCGUCCCGCCCGUGGAAGGCGCCGAGAGGCACUCCAUCCCCAUCAGCCGCCCUCGGACCGUGGCCAGGAAGUUUGCCAGCAUCGCCCGGAGCCAAGUGAAAAGGAAGAGGCAGAUGGCGGCCAGGGAGAAGAAAGUGACCAAGACCAUCUUUGCCAUCUUGCUGGCUUUCAUCAUUACAUGGACACCGUACAACGUCAUGGUGCUGAUUUCAACCUUCUGUCACUCCUGUGUCCCUGACACGGUGUGGGCGAUUGGCUACUGGCUGUGUUAUGUCAACUCCACCAUCAACCCGGCUUGCUAUGCACUGUGCAAUGCCACAUUCAAGAAGACUUUCAAAAACCUGCUGCUGUGCCAGUACAAAAACAUAGGCACAAGAUGAGAUUGUAACAGAUGAGGAUGGGGGGAGGGUGAAAGAUGCUGAGAGAAGCAGUUUGGUGAACUUCAGCCGUGCUUCUACGUUCUCCGUGGACAGAAGAGGUCUCGUCCCGUUAACAGAUGUUCCUCAGACCUUUGGAAGCGUCUGCCCCGAGAAGCCCAACCAUUGUCUUGAAUGUUUUCCACUUGCCAGUGAUCGUUUGUACUCGAACCACAGACAAAUGGCAAUGCCAAUGCCACAUUUUGUAACCAGACGAUCGUUCCGGUGGCUUUCCAUGCCUGAGUUGACAGAAAUGUUCAUUUGUAGCUUUGUUUUUGUAAAAAAUGACUGUAGAAAUGUACAUUAUUGAGUAAAACCUGAAGGUUUGUAUAAAUUAGAGAAGAAGAAGCAACUAUAGUGCAGGUUUGAUGGUGUAAAGCAUUAAGAAAAACCAUACCAACUGUAUCGUUGAGCAUUCAGCCAAACAGUAACAACCAAACCGAAAGAACUCUUUGAAAGCUCUUUUGGGUCCAUGAAGGAGUUUCACAACAUAUUUUGUUACUUACCACAAUGUUGGGUCAAAAUACAUUAAAAAAAGACAAAAA